CCAAUUGAUUGUCACAUGAAUUUCAAUUCAAUGACAGCUUAUAAUUGAUUAUCAGUUAUAAGUAAAUAAAAAACAUAUCAAACAAUAUUAUCGGUGAUUUGGCCACAAUUGGUGACAACAAUUACAUAUCGUGACCACCGAUGGAUGUAUCGGUGAACGGCAUAAAACUGGUGAAAGCUGUCUAUAAUUUUAAGCCCACAAACAAUGAUGAGCUGUGUUUCAACAAAGACGAUAUAAUCACAUUAACCCAAUGUCCGACCGGCGGCUGGUGGGAGGGAACUCUCAAUGACAUAACCGGUUGGUUUCCGGCAAACUAUGUCCAACCGGUGGCCACAACGGACGCCGAUAUGAGAAAUGGCGAAAGCAGUCAUCGCGGCAAUAGUGUGGCCAACAGUUGCGAUACCGAUGCGCAACAGUACAGACAAAUGGUAUUUCAAGACAUUGAAGAUACGGAGUCAGCGUAUGUUAGAGAUAUUAUGGACACAAUUAAUCGCUAUUUGAAACCAUUACAAACGUCACAAAUUUUACCCGAAAACGAGAUCAACUCAAUCAUACGUAUUGUACAAGAGAUCGGAUCAGUUCACCGACGCUUUCUGGUGGCACUCAAUGGUCUUAAUUCACAUCCUUAUAAAGACAUUCGCAUCGGUGGUGUGUUUCUUGAGUUUGCACCGCAAAUAAAGGCCGUCCAUCUGGACUACUGUGCAAAUCACGCAAAGUUUGUGUAUUCAAUUGAAAAAUAUAAAAAAGAGAUUUGUCACCUCUUAUCGACUAACAAUCCUUCUGAUGCCAGCGCCGGUAAUGUUCAGCUAACAGCUUGUUUGAGUGCAUCGUUUAGACGGAUUGAUAAAUAUCCGGCACUACUUCAAGAACUUCAAAGAUAUACUGAUGAAGGACAUGUCGAUAGAGGAGAUACUCAAAGGGCAGGAUUUGUAUACAGAGAGUUGUCGAUGGAAUGUCUUGAAUUAAGACGUCGAAAGGAGAUGGAACUGGAAGUCAUAUUAGGCAACAUCAAGAACUGGGAGGGACCGAAUAUUCAAAUGUUAGGUGAAAUUGUUCGCAUGGAUUCUGUUAGUAUACACAUUAUACCAGAAUAUUCUGAGAUGAAAAAAGAUCGAUAUUUAGUACUUUUCCCACAAAUACUUUUGGUGCUAUCGGUCAGCACCGAAAUGACAUCGUUUGUCUAUGAAGCAAAGUUGAAAUUGGAAGAAGCAAUCAUUAAGACUAACAGCGAAUUAAUUGAUUCGACAAAUAUCUUUGAGAUCACCACCAGUGAUGACAAGACAUCGAAACAAACUUUUAUAAUUCAAUGUCCAACUAUUGAUGACUCGAAAAGUUGGAUCGAGUUAUUGAAUAAGUAUAUCUUACACACACAAACAUUGAAACAAAGUUUUGCUGGUAAUACCAGUGCCGGUGCUAAACACAUACAUCACAGUUCGGAAAGCAUUGGUCAACGAUCGGGUAUACACUCGUCUAAUAGUGACAGUUCUUCAUCGUUUAAUAUUAUGGCCAAUGCAUCGCAACGCAGUGUCGUACAGACACCGCCAACACCGCGAAGCACUUAUUGGACAAAUAAAUGUCUAUUACCUUAUCCGCCAACUCGUAUGAAACCACACAGUGAUAAUGGCGCUGUUGUGGCCGAUAAAAAGUGCAAUUUGAGUGCAAAUGAUGAUAUGAUUAUGUUGCAGAUCAUUGAAAGCUAUUGCAAUAGAGGACAGUCACGACAAUCGUCAGACACACCUAACGUAUAUAUUGUCGAUGAAGAAAAGUUGACACAAAAUAAUGAUUUUAUACAACGAAAUGGAGAAACUAAUGAGAAUUCAUUGGUUAAUGAAUUGCGUCAAAUGAAAAUGGAAAUCAAGAGUUUGUCCGAUGCCUUGAAAGCCGAACGUCGCUCCCGAAGAAAAUUGAAGACAUUUGUGAUGUCGGCUCUAAUCAGUGCCAAAAAGUAG